AUGUUUUGUAUGGCCCAAGUAUUUAGGGAUUGCAUCAUGCUUCUAUUUGGAAAGGAAUGUGGAAAAAAAGUUCUUGACAGUUUUUUGGAUGGUUUUGAAGCUGAUUGUAUGACGCUCUUUCUUUCUAGAGCCCUUAGCUAUGGCAUUCUUUUGGGAGGUCUUUUUGUUAAGGUUCCCCAAAUCAUUCGAAUUCUGAAUCAAGGGACUGCAUUUGGAAUACCUAUUUUCGCCCUGAUUUUAGAAAUUAUAUCCCUAUCCCUAUCUGUGGCCUAUAACUUUCGCAAAAUGCAUCCAUUUGAGCUCUAUGGCGAAGGCUUCUUUUUACUGAUCCAAACCAUUCUAAUCGCAUUUCUUGUAUUCUUUUUAGGUACCGAGGAGAAGCCCAAGAAUUUAAAAGAUCUCCAAACAGAGAAAUCAACUGCGAUCAACAAUAGUCAGGCAGACACCCAAGAUUCUUUGGACGAAAAAGACAAGACCACACCAACCUCUACUCAAGACGGCUCUGUCGUGGCCAAAAAAAAGGGAAUCACAUCUUGGCCCUUUUUGAUGGCGUCUCUUUUUGUCUGUCUCCUUGCCUUUCUGUACCAAUUUUUACUAAACUUUACCACCAUACAGGAAUUGGCUUUGCUUGUAAAAUACUGGGCUGUCCCUCUAUUUAUCCUAUCUCGAUUUAACCAAAUUAUUGCAAGUUUCACAGCAAAAUCUACAGGGGCUCUGUCUCCCAUAUCAUGUUUCCUGGUAGCUGCUGGGUCGUUGGCCAGAGUGUUUACAACCUUUGUUGGGGUAAAUGAUCCAUUGCUGAUGUUCUCUACCUCUCUCGCUGCAUUCCUAAAUACGGUGAUCCUGGUCCAAAUUGGACUAUAUGCCCUUUGA